AUGGUCAACCCUACCGUGUUCUUUGACAUCGCCGUCAACGGCGAGCCCUUGGGCCGCGUCUCCUUCGAGCUGUUUGCAGACAAAGUUCCAAAGACAGUAGAAAACUUUCGUGCUCUGAGCACUGGGGAGAAAGGCUUUGGUUAUAAAGGUUCCUGCUUUCACAGAAUAAUUCCGGCAUUUAUGUGCCAGGGUGGUGACUUCACAUGCCAUAAUGGCACUGGUGGCAAGUCCAUCUACGGGGAGAAAUUUGAUGACGAGAAUUUCCUCCUGAAGCAUACGGGUCCUGGCAUCUUGUCCAUGGCAAAUGCUGGCCCCAACACAAAUGGUUCCCAGUUUUUCAUCUGCACUGCCAAGACUGAGUGGUUGGAUGGCAAGCAUGUGGUCUCUGGCAAGGUGAAAGAGGGCACGAAUACUGUGGAAGCCAUGGAGCGCUUGGCGUCCAGGAAUGGCAAGACCAGCAAGAAGAUCACCAUUGCUGACUGUGGACAAAUCUAAUAAUAAGUUUGACUUGUGUUUUAUCUUAAAAAAAAAAAAAAAAGAA